CUGUCGGUUGAAACAAGUAGGAUCUCGUAGCAUUGCAUUAAAUUGUCGCUUAAUUAUGAAGUCCAUUUCUACACAAGUAGUUCUCGUACUUUUCCUUGGUGUUAUCAUCUCACAAAGCGCUCCACCCACUUGGAUCUACAUCAUUGAUGGAAAGGGGGUUCGUUAUUACUUUAACAACCUCUCUAUAACGGUAAAAGCUGACCAACGGAAUGACAUUACAUGUGAAGCAUAUGGAGCAAAUCCUCCUUCAGUAUUGGAUUGGCAUGUACCAGAUGAUAUAGUUAUAGAUCUUCAGGAUCAGUCUGAUGUUAUUGAAGACGGAUCUUACAUCUCUCGUAAAGCUGUCACAAUCACACCCACCAGGGAUGACCACAAAAAGAUUCUUAGCUGCAUCGCGUCACACCCAGAACUACAAAAUGAACGACUACGCUCAGUUCAUCUCAAUGUUCAUGUUCUCCCAAGGGAUGUGCUGCUCUUUCAAAUUGGAGGAAACCAGAACUAUUCAACCGUCCUGAAGGUUCAAGAAGAUUCACCGACUUCAAUCACUUGUAAAAGUAUUGGGUCAUUCCCAGCGACCAAACUAUUAUUCCAGUUAGUAGGGGGUACUGGUCAAGCUGACAAUACCCCCCUUCGCGCAAAUAUCUCAAGCAAAAGAAGUGUUUUAGACGAUAAGUUGUUCGACUCUGAGGGUACUAUAACCAUUCACCCAAAUAUUGAGCGUCAUGGGAAGUACAUUUAUUGCUACGCAUCACUUGAAAAACACAUAGUUGGAUUUAAGUUCGCCAAAGUAAUCGUUUAUGGCCCACCAGAAGGCAUCAAGAUUACUUCCCCUAUGGACCUAUACGAUGGCAUAGAAGUCAAUGUAACCUGCAAGGCUGUUAAUGGAUACCCCGCACCGCAUAUCCAUUGGUACAUCGGAUUAAGAAAUCUUACAGAGGAUUCGGAUUUGAACAUAAUUGAAAAUGAAGCCGGUCGAUAUGAUGCUAAAAGCAUCCUAAAUCUAAUACCGACGAGGUUCGAUCAUGGGAAAAGUCUUCUAUGCGAGGCAGUUCAACCUACAACACAUCCAGCUCGUUCGGUGAAUCAAAGCUUGGUUAUGAACAUAACUUAUCACCCCGUUGUGAUAAUUAAAGCUCGACAUCUUACAUCAAACAAAGCAAGUGGGACUACUAAGCUCGUGUUGACAUGCAAAGCGGACGCCAAUCCUCCUGUCAAUACCUUCGUUUGGCUAUGCAACGAAACUGUAGUGUCUAACGACACCAACUACAGACUCACCGAGACUAUAUAUGAAGAUACAACACUAACCUCGAGCGUACUUGCGAUUCAAAACCCACUCUCCAAAUAUCAUUGUGUUUAUAAAUGCACCGCUCUAUCAGAAUACGACUCAAGAAGUGCAGAAUUCAAUUCACUUUAUUUGUAUUUUAUCCCGAAUCCACCAUCUGAUUUCAUCAUUCACCGAAAUCAGACGAGAUCUUCAUCUCUUUUCGUUGCCUGGCAACCAGGAUCAACAUUAGGAAUCUACUGUCGAUCUGAAGAGACAGAACGUUGUCACGUUGCCUAUGAUCACUGAAUGAUGACGUCUAUUUCAAUGCAAUUAAUUCUCGGUCUUUGCCUUGAAAUUAUCAUUUCACAAAGCUCUCCACCCACUUGGCUCUAUAUCAUUGAUGGAGAGGGCAUCAUUUACAACUCAAACAACAUCUCCCUAACCGUAAUAACUGACCAACAACAAAACAUCACAUGUGAAGCAUAUGGAGCAAGACCCACUGCAGUAUUAGAAUGGCGUUUACCUGAUGAUAUGGCAGUUGUUCACGAUCAGUCUGAUGAUAUUCUAGACGGAUCUUACAUCUCUCAGAAAGCCGUGACAAUCACUCCCUCAAGGGAUGACCACGGAAAGAUUCUUCGCUGCAUCGCAUCACAUCGAGAACUACCAGAAAACCUUCAAUGCAUAGUACAUGUGAAUGUACAUGUUCUUCCUACAAGUGUGUUGCUCUUUCCAACUGGAGGCAGCCAGUCCCAGACAAGACUCAUAUACGUUCAAGAGGAUUCACCGACUUCAAUCACAUGUAGAAGCAUUGGGUCAUUCCCAACCACUCAACUAUACUUUCAGUUAGAAAAUGGCAAUGAUCUCGACGAAAGAAUUCUUCCAAAUAUCUCAAGCGAAAGAAACAUUUUAGACGAUGCUCUUUUUGACACCGAGGGUACUGUCAUCUUACACUUAAAUAUUGUGCAUCACGGAAGGUACAUCAAAUGCUUCGUAUCGCUUGAAAAAUCUAUAGUGGAAUUGCUGUAUGCCAAAGUAAUCGUUUACGGCCCACCAGAAGGCAUCAAUAUUACUUCCCCUAUGGACCUAUACGAUGGCAUAGAAAUCAAUGUAACCUGCAAAGCUGUUAAUGGAUACCCCGCACCGCAUAUCCAUUGGUACAUCGGAUCAAGAAAUCUUACAGAGGAUUCAUCUUUAAACAUAAGUGAAAAUAAAGCUGGUCGAUAUGAUGCUGAAAGCACUCUUACUCUAAUACCGACGAGAUUUGACAAUGGGAAACACCUUCUCUGCGAGGCACUUCAACCUCCAGCAUUCCAAACUCGUUCGAUGAAUCAAAGCUUGGUUCUGAACAUUACAUAUGCUCCCGUUGUGUCAAUUACUGUCAUGCGUCGUACAUCGAGCAAAGCAAGUGGGACUACGGACCUCGUGUUGAUAUGUAAAGCGGACGCUAAUCCUCUUGUCACUACCUUCGUUUGGCUUUGCAACGAAACUGUAGUGUCCAAGGACACCAAUAACUACAGAUUCAUCGAGACAAUAUCGGAAAACGCAACACUAACGUCCAGUGGACUUGGGAUUCAAAACCCACUCUCCAAGUAUUAUUCUGUUUAUAAAUGCACCGCUAUAUCAGAAUACGGCUCGGGAAGUGCGGUAUUCGAUUCCCUUUAUUUGUAUUUUAUCCCGAAUCCACCUUCUGGGUUUAUCAUCCGCCAAAUCCAGACGAGAUCUUCAUCUCUUUUUGUUGCCUGGCAACCAGGAUUCAUCAUCGGGAAAUAAGACAAAAACAUCUUUCCGAAAAACUGACUGUCGGUUGAAACAAGUAGGAUCUCGUAUCAUUGCAUUAAAUUGUCCCUUAAUUAUGAUGUC